AGAAAGCCUUGGGGAUACUACCGACCACCGGGACACCAGAUAUACGCAAAGAUUUCACCGGAAACAGUUUGGACGCUGUCUAUGAAUUACGGAUUCUCAAGUACUAAAGAGGAUUAACUCUGAUAACACCAUUUUCAGGAAGCUUGUCAACAGAGGUCAAAGCAUACACACAUACAUCCCUGACAACAAACGGAUUACAGUAGGGUGGGUGAGUCGGGGAUGGCCUGGGCGUCCAAGUGCGCCAGGAUUAGAGAGCAGACAGAAGCUACCGGUCUGUGCUUAGGUGGCACGGGAAACAGGAGACUUUCUUCCGGCCCUGGAGGCAGCCAAGCCCGCUCGUGUACGGACAGACUCCUAGAGCCAGGCUCUCAGAUGACCCCACUACCAGCUGCCAGUCCUCGGCUGUCCUCGCCUUUCCUCGCAGGUGACACUAACUGGGAUUCCUAUGCUACCACGAUGAAGACAGCAUUCACACCUAAAAGAGGGAUGGUGCCUGAUUUAAUACGCCCAAAGAGCACCAGAAGAUUAGGAUAUUCUUACUCGAUUAAUGAUCCUAUUCUGAAUGAGACCCAGUACCAUGAUGAGUAUACCUGGAAACUACAUUCUAAAGAAAAUACGGCAAAACCCAGGACUUCAAGAGGAGUAAGGAACCACAAAGCCCACCUUGGUCAAGAAUUCUCUCAGUGGACACCCCCUCAAGGGAAACAAACUGACCAGUUCCCUUGGAUAGAGCCUCCUUCAGCAGAAAGAGUACAUGAUGCAAUAGCCAAUCAGUUUGUCUCUUGUACCAAGAGGGACUUCGUGGACCUGACUCAAUCUAGGAAGACUAUGAAAAAAUUUCCAAGGUCCCGGGACUUGACAUCAUUACUUCCCCGGCCUCUGGACACUGAAUUUCGAUAUAAUUACCAAAUUCCAGCUAAGAUUCCUGAGUUGAAGGAUUUUAGCUUCAAAUAUGGAUGCUACUCAAACCUACGGGUUCCUUCCCAGGGUCUAGUGCCCUCUGUGCUGUGUAGCUAUAUUCGGAACCAGGAACGAACAAAGAAGCAGACUACGUACGAGAGUGACUACGGGAAAGCCAGCCUAGACUUCUUGACAAUCUUAGACUCAUUCACGCCCUCCCAAAUCCAGGAGUAUCUGCAAAGUAUUUCCUACAAAGAUUCCUCAGGGCCAGGCUGUCUCUUCAGGAAGAACCAAGAGGCUGCCAGAAGUCUGCUGCUCUCAAGUCCCCGAAGACACAACAGAAGCCAGAAAGAAGCCCACCACCAAAGCCAGGCUGCCUGCCUGUUCUCUUCACCAGUUUUGGUGCAAAAUGUGUAAAACCACUCUGCAUUUCAAGGGCUCGUUGUACCUUUAGGAGCUGAGUUCCUUGGCCCCACAGAAGGAGUAAUUUUGCUACCUGCAGAAGCAGCUAGCAUCUGUCCAUGGACCAAGGACUGGUCAUACCAUAUGCAGCCAUCACACUGGACACACUCUGGUUUCCUACUCUCUGUUCAUGAGCAAUCUUGGCCUUGAUCCCCAAGACCAAAAGCCAGGGACGCCUCUGCUAACUGCUGUUAACUUGACAUCUGUUCUCCCCAGGGA